AUGGCAGAGAGUUUUUACAAACUGGAAGAUGAAACCUUUCCCAGUUUUCUUGGCAAGUCUUUGGACAGUACCAAUGGACGUGCUACACUGGGGAAUGUAACACUGGGUUCAGGCCCCGGACUGCCAGUGGCUGCUUCUACAGUGGCUAAAAUUAAACCUCAGUCUGAGAACAGGGAUUGUGUGGAUACCUCAUACUUGGAAAACAGAGAGGCGCAGCAGGCCAGUUUACAAUCAUCUGUAGACAAGAAAUCUAAGUUUGCCCUCAGCUUCAAAGAUGACAUGGACAGUGCAGAUGACUUUAUUGCAGCACAUCGCCUAUCACAAAUGCUGGUUAAGGUUAAUGUAGAUGAAAGUGCAUCAAGAAACCAAGGCUCCCUCGUGGGUCUUCCUCCCACUCAGAUGGGCCCGGUUCAAGGCAGCCACAAAGAACUUCCAACUGAUCUUUCAACAGGCCUCCUACCAUUUACUCAGUUUGGACACAAGGAUCAUACAGAUAAAAAGGUCUCGCUUUCAUAUGCCACUACAGAGAAAAAUAAUUUUCUAAUUGAUGCAGUGGACAGUGACCAUUUCAGUGGCAGCAAUUCCAGUUUUUUGGAAAAUGAAAAACUCAUGUCUGUGAACCGCAUGAACAGUGAUGAUACAGAUGAUGACAUUGAUUUAAACAACUUGCCCGACGAUGAAUUGGAGCUUUACUUAAAAAACCUGGUGCCUUCUGCCAUGCAUAGGGGCACAGUGGAUGGCCAAGAACUCCCUGCCACCGUGCUGCCUCGGUCGUCUGAUGACCGAUCCAAUUCAAUUUCCAUAGAACAAUAUAGACACAGGAUCAUUGAUGACUGCAAUCAGGACAAAUUCCAAAUGCCUGUUGUGCGUCUGGCAGCAACAGGUAUGGACUCAUGUCCUGCCAGUGACGAAGACACUGAGGACGAGUUUGAGUCUGCUAGACAGACAAGCAAUUCUACUAGGACAAGGCUGCUACCAAGCAUCUCCAGACAGUUGGUUGGUGAAAGUAAUCGGCCCAGUUUCAGGCCAGGUUUAGAGGGAGGAAGUUCUGAUGAUGAGCCAUUGACUAGCCUUGUUGGUCCAUCCCUGUCUGAAAUUGAACACAGACGGUCAGCUGAGGGACAAGUUGUAAACCAUGCUGUCACAGGGGAUGGAGGUGUUGGUGAUGGGAGCAGUGGAAGUGAAGAAAGUGGAAAUUAUGGGGGAGUUUCAACAAUCCCCUUUUCAACAACCUCCUUUAAUGUGUUACGUGGGCUGAGGAAUGUGGGUAACAGUACAGUUGGUGAAAAUGGAGACAGUGGUAGCAGGAAUUUCACAGGACAAAGAAUGAACUUUACAUCACAUGCAGAGAUGGGUGACCGUGUGGGUCCUGUUGGAAACGGUGAAGCUAGCACUUCUAAAACCUCAUCAUCAGCGGAAAGUCAAAUACACUCUCCUGUUAACUGGAGCAUGGACAGACAAGAAGCACUUGAUGUCAUGGGAAACGCCGAGUCUGGCAUGACAACCGAGCAAUCGGUCCCUGUUCUUGUGAAAAAUGAAACUGGAUUCGGGGGAUCCCUGCAAGGAAAGUCUAAUUUUUCCCAACUUCAAGAUACCCAGGACAACUACCAUGACCCCAAGGUGCUGCCUUCGGCGAAUUUAAGAGCAGGGCCAUGUGGUAACACUUCCACUGUUGAGGCCUCAGAUGUUACCAGUGAGGAUGAUGGUGAUAAUCUUUCUACCUCCCUGGAACCAAAAUAUUUCUGUCAGAGCUUCCAGCAGGAGCCUGAAGAUGAAUGGAACAACUGUCCAAACAACCUGGAUUUGGAGUUUCAACAAGGUGCCAUUGCGUCUCAUAGUGUGGUGUACCAGAAUGAAGAAGGCCAGUGGGUAACAGAUCUUGCUUAUUGCACGUCCUUUGAGAAGGAAGUUGGUGAAAACGCAUUACAAAAUGAUGACCAGUUUCAAACUGAGGACUUUCUUUCUCCCAGUGAUGCCUUAGAAAAGAUCAUGAAAGAUCAGGUGGAAUUUGAAAAGGAGCACCAAUUUAUGCAGGAGGAGCAGAUUGUACCAGCCAGCAGCAAUAGUGUCUUUCAGAAUGACUCCUCUUGGAGAGCUGGUAAUACCAGCCACAUUUUGAUGAGGGCUUCUCAGGUUUCCUCUGAGUUUAAUCCUGGGGACCAAAGCUACUUGCGACUCUCAUUGGGGCAGUUUUUUGAGCAACGUUCUGAAGCCCUGGGUUGUCUCGGCAGUGGUAGCAUCGAUGGCAUUAAACGGCCAUCUUUUGGAUAUAUUAUUACCUCUCCAGAAAAGCGGGAACCAUUUGCACUAAUUCAUCCUUCUGACUUCUCCAUUAAUGAGAGCUCUCCUCACAAUGUCUCCAUGGAAGUCAAUGAAACUGAUAAAACACUAAAUCCUGAUGACCUGAGUAAAACCUUUGAGGUAUUGCCUCAUAGGGUCUCGCCUAAAAGGAACACACAGCCUGGCCCUUGUGAACAGGAGGAUCAUAAUGCCCCUAAGGCUCUGCUUCACAGCAAUGAAGGGCCUGCCUGCAUGCCAAGUAUUGGAAAUCAGAGUUUGAUUUCGCCAUACAAUAACAGUAGUGAUCUCAUGCUGAGUAUCAGCGCAAUUGCAUCAGCCAUGGCAGAUGCUUCCAUCAGUACUGACCCAUCGCAACUGGCUGCCAUGAUCAUGGAGCUGUCCAAGAAAAGUAGGGCGAAGAAUGGAAUAGAGCCCUCUGAACCCGCAGGACCUAAGGCCAACCCUAAUGAAGACCAGAAUGGCCGGUCGGACAGUCUACAUAGUACCGCCUGCGUUGAAGACCAGAGUGCCUUAAACAUUGAGAAAUACUUAAAGGAGAUUUACAUGUCUGGCUGCUGUGACACAUCUGUAGUACAGAAUACCUUUGACCUAAGUGGCUGGGCUGACAACAUCAAACAGUCUCGGAGCAACCACACAGAACAAAAUGAUGAACAAAGUUCAACAAAACGCACGGACAAUGAAAUGGGCCCAGAAAAAGUAGCAGUUACAAGUGGAGAACCAUCAUUAAAGACCACUUCUUCCACAAUAUCUAAGGAAACUGCAUUAUCUUCUGAUAAGACUGUCCGAAAAAAGAUUGCAGUUCCUUGUCCUCAUUCGUGCUCUCUCAAAGAUUCAAGCUCAAAGAUAUCUAUAAUGCACGGCGUCCCUCUAGAGAAAAUUGCUGCAUGUGACAGCAUUGUGUAUCAGACUGGAAAGACUAGUAUUUUCUCAGCAAGACCAUCAUCAGAAUCUGAACCUAAGCUAGAGGAGUUAAAUCCACAAGGAUCCUAUGUUGGGUGCAAGAUGUCUUGCAUGGUCCAGCAGCAGAGUGUUAGACAUAGUAACUCUCCAGGCAAGAAAGCUUCACUCCGAAUCCCCAUAGCUGCUUCUCUGUCUCAUUGCUCUAUGGAAAACCAUGUUCCUUCCUUCCAAAGCCCUCAGACCGCAGGCAACUCUGAAUCUGAUUUGCCAACAGAACCCCGCGUGGAGGAGACACAGUGUACCUUCAGGCCCUCUACCUCUCCUCUCACUCACUCCUCUCCCAGUCAAAGCACCCCACCUAAAAUUAAUAGUCCUUCAGCAACCAGAGGUAUUCUGGCAGGUAAACGCCCAAAUCCUGACCUUUCCCCCCAGUCUAGCUACUCCAGCCCCAGUCUAAGCAGACUCACCUACGUCUCAGUGAAUGAUGCCACCGUUGUUCCAACACCUGCAAGGGAGAAGACCGAUUGUUCCAUGGCGCUCAGCACCACAAUCAUCAGAUUUAGUCCAACUCCACCUGUGGAGCAAGACCCACAGUCUAAUGAGAAUAUUUGUAGUCAAUCCAAAAGCCUUGAAGUUCAGCCGAAGCACUCUCAAAGUCUGGAGCAGCUACCAGCACAACACAAAACUUCAGAGACCUCGUCUUGUCGCACUAACCUGAGCUGUGCCCGAAGCCAGAGUGAAUGCUGUCCGAGUGAAAAAAAUGUUGGUCUUUUGGCAAGCUGUAGGGACCAUAAGAACCUAACAGAGUCCAAUGUGAAGCAGCUCUCGAAGGUGGACUCGGGCUAUAGCAGUAAUUCACACAUUCCACAAAAUUCAACCACAGCAGCAUCUCAGACGUCUGAACAGUGGGCAGCUGCAAGCAUGUUUCCAUCAUUAUUUUCUGGUGGGCUUGGCAUACCACAAUCCUACUCAUCAGAUGGACUACCUUAUGGGCCAAUUAAAAUCAAGCCUCCAUAUCCUGGCUUGAUUGACUUCCCCCACCAACCAGAUAUGAAAUCCCUCUUGGCAGGCUCCCUUGUUAAUUCCCAACUAACUCGGCAGUAUUUGGGACCUGAUGCUCCAUUAAAUUCGGCGGUCUAUCACGUCGGAGCAACAGCAACUGGUCUCCAGAGUGCAUCUUCUUCAGACAUGACCAACGGUCAGCUACCAGUGAGGCAAAUCCACCCUAUAGCACAAUCUUUAGGGAUAGGUAGUGCUACUGGGUCCCAUCACCUUACCAGAUCCACUCAUAGCCAUCAAGACGUUGGCCUACUGGGAAAAUUCUACAGUCAAUAUGGUGGAGAGCCAAUGGUAGCAAGUGGUCUUGAUGAAUUACGAGUUCAAGUGGUGGUGCCUGAGGAGCUGCAGUUUCCUCAUGCUUGCUGUGUGGGAAUUGCUUCACAGACCUCACUAAGCAUCUUUAACCCUUCUGAAAGAUGGCAACAAGUGUCAAUAACCGUUGCGAGUCUGUCAAUUGAUGGUGAAAAGGUGGAUACUUUACCUUAUCAAUGGCUGAUCAUUAAGAACAAGACGAUCAUUGGUCCUAAAAGUACUGAAGAACAGAAAGUUUUGUUUAUCCCGCCAAAGGCUGGUGUUUACCAGUGUGCCCUCAGUGUUUGCUCUUGGCCUGCAUCUGCCAACACUGAAUUAGCGAACAGGGCAAGUAUUUUUGCCAGAAGGGUGGUGCUAGUUGCCAUUGCAGAGAGUCCUUCAGUCGAGGUUGAAGCAGGCAAAUCUGGAUGUUUGGAUUUUGGAGAUCUACCGGAAGGCAGUUCCAAAUCCCUUCUUCUGAAAGUUAUCAAUAUGACCCAAGCCACAGUUCCAAUAAGGCUUGUCAUCAGCGCUAAGGCUACAUCAUGGCGCUGCUUUACGUUGUCCAAACAGCACAUUUCUGAAACAUCAGAGGCAACACAACCAACAGGUCACGUGACCCCACUGUCGGCUCCUUCUCUGGUGAAUCAUGUGAUGCAUGCCAGCUUCGGAGAGAAUCCAGAGUGUUUUAUGGUUUGGGUUCACUUUAAGGCCUUGCAAAAGUACACAACUUCUUCAGGGGACUUGGGUCAGGCUGAAGAAUACAAUGCACGUGUGGACGUAGAAGUUGACUCACCUGGUGCGAGUCAUGUGAUCAAAAGUGUUCCGAUCAGAGCUAGGUCCGGAACUGCGAGGGUGCACGCACCGAAAGAUGUGCAGGUACUGUAUUUUAUCCUACGUGCCCCACUGGGUAAAUCUUCUCAAAAGACACUUCCAUUAAAGAAUGCUGGGAACAUUGGUGUUUGGCUGAAACUCAAGUGCAAUGAAGUUGAGGACUGUUUCUCAGUGAAACCUGAUGAACUGUUCCUCGCAGUAGGAGAGGAGCAAGGUGUUGUGGUCUCAUUUAACGCAUGGGGUCCCAAGAAAUAUAAAGAGAGCCUUCUCAACAUUUUGGUGCUGCCAUCAGGCCCCCAGUAUGAAUUAAAAUUGAAAGGAGAGAUUGUCUCAGAAGAAUCGGGCAUCAAUAAAACCUCUGCUGCUUCUGUCCUCAAUUCUUGUUUGAGCAGUGAUGUUCCACCAAUUCUAUCCAACAAGCAGUUUGUAGCCUGGGGAGGUGUCACUUUAGGGCGAGCGGUUCAACAGAAGCUGGUACUUAGAAACAAUUCAUCUACUGCAACUCAGCAACUUCGGUUACUUAUUCGUGGUCAAGACCAAGACUGUUUUCAGCUACAGAGUUUGUUCAGUCCAGACGAGCGUAUGACCAGGCACGGGGAGCUUUCCAUCCGUCCACGAGAGGAUGUGACUGUCCACCUGCUGUUCGCGCCGACUCGGGUGGCCUGCAUGUUAGCCAAGUUGGAGAUCAAACAAUCUGGAGUUCGGCCAUCACAACCAACGAUCAAAUUCACUAUUCCUCUCUCAGGCUAUGGUGGCACCAGCAACAUAAUUCUGGAGGAUCAGAGAAAGCAGGCGGAUGGAUAUGUGGCCACAAUGUCAGACAUUGCUAUUAAUCAUCUUAGUAAGGUGUGUCUGUAUGUGAGAAACACCGGUUCCAGAGCGGCAUUCGUCAAAGCUGUGGCCUUCUCUGAUGUAAUGACUCGAUCAGUUAUGGACCCUUUUAUUAUCAGCCUAUCACCAUCUCAGUUUGUACUAAAGGAAAGAACACAAGAGGCAAUCACAGUGCUCUUGAAAUCAACACAAAGAGAGCAAACACUGUGCCAGUCUGAUUCCCCUCUGCUGGCUACUAUUGUGCUUUUUUGUGGGGAUGAGAUCUCAAGGCAGCAGUUCCGAAGACUGCUUGAAAGCAAGCCAGAUGCUGGGCAGAAAGUUCUUGCUGAAAACAAUUUGCUGAAAAAUGUUGAAUUCAAUGAGAAGUUCCAUGGAGAGGAGGUCGUUACAGAGCCGUUCAACCUGCCUCAGCGGCCAAAUGAGGCUUACAUCUUCUACGGAAAUAUGUGUAAAAUUGCUGUGUCGUUACUUGGCUACACGCUCAGCAAAGAGUGUGAGCAGAGUGAUACCCCUGAGAUGAUGAACAGUUCCAGUGAAGACUUGGUAAAAGACAGUGGCAUAACAAUGGGUAAUGUAUCUUUGGAUGUGCUGCCUGUGAAGGGUCCCCAAGGUCCGACAGUCAGAGUGUCUGGGUCCUCCUUAAAGACCUCAGAGUCUCCUCCUAGACUGUCUGAGACAUGGACUGUUCAUCCAGAACAGCUUGUCCUUGCAGCUCCAACUAUGAAUGCUGUGGCAAGCACGAAUCAGGUCCAGAUCAAGAACAAUACAAUGAGAGAGCUGAGUUUUGAUUUAGCCUGGCCUGCUCAUUACCUGACUAUUACACCUCAACAUGGAGUCAUUGAGCCACAGUGCCACCUGCAAAUUUUGAUCAGCCCCAAACCUUCACUGGCAAGCAAAUCCGACAUGCUCCCUUGGAAUGGGAAGAUAUAUGUCCAAUGUGAUGGUCAACAAAAGCUGAUCAAGGUCCAGAUCCGUCGAGAUUUGGCACUGGAUGUUUCCACCACCCCAGCAAAUGCAACCCUAUCAGCUCUGUCCCCCCAGGCUUCUACCCCUGUGUUGCCCACAGUCAGAAUAACAUCAAAGUCCACGCUGCCCAUGACAUCGCCGCAGUUACCUCCAGCUCUGCUCGAGAUUAUCAACAAAAACAUCAUUUUUCCCAACACACCUUCAGGAGAAACAUCAGAGGCACAGCUCGAAGUGGAGAAUGGACAUCUGGAAGUGAGAUGGUACAUCUCAUCAUUUGCUCCUCCUUACGUUAAGGGAGUUGAUAACAGUUGUGACGUAUACCGGGCCACUUAUACAGCUUUUAGGUGUUCGAAAGUCUCAGGCACUUUGGGAGCCAAUGAGAAAAUUCAGGUGCCAAUUACUUUCCUGCCAAGGGACGGAGGAGACUAUGCUCAGUUUUGGGAUUUGGAGUGUCACCCGGUGUCUGAGCCACAGCAGAAAUCUAGAAUCCGCUUUCAACUAUGUGGCACGGGGAUCAACUCGGCACCAGGAGAAGUAUCUCAGAAUGAAGACUGCUCUUUGGUAAAAACAGAGGCCACGGUUAAGACAAGGAAGAAAGCUGAAGCUUCCACAAGCAAAACCAGCCAGGAUGAAGGAAUGUGGAGGGGUGUUUACACGGCUCAGGAUCUUUACACGUUCCCUAAUACACGUGUUGGCGAGUUCAGCACACUGAAGGUUAACAUCUGCAACAACUCACCCAACACACAUGAGUUGAGAUUUGUAAGCCCUAGGGAGCCCUUCCACAUCAAGCAUUCAAAAUAUUCCCUGAGAUCCCAGCACUUCCUGAAGCUACCUGUCCAGUUCAAGCCGAGCUCUGCAGGCAGAAAGGUCGGCUUGCUCCUCAUCCAGUCCGAAACAAGUGGAACUCUGGUGGUGCAGCUAACUGCUGAGGCGUUGCCUUGA